AAUUAUAACAUUUAUACCCAAUAAUAUUAAUAAUAUUCAUUAAUUGUAGUUUUAUUUUUUUAUUGUUAAUAACAAAUUAAAAUAGAUAAUUAGUUCAAUUUUUUAAAAUUUUUUUUUUUUAUCCACACACAUAUCUUACUAAAAUUAUAAUAGUAUAAUAAAAAUAUUUUUGUUUAAUUUUUAUUUUAAAAAAUAUAUAUAUAUAUUUACUUUUAAUCAGAAAAAAAAAAUAAAAAAAUAUAAAUUAUAAAAUGAAAAAAUCAUUAUUUUUUAUAUUAACUCUGUUUUUUAUUUGUUUAAUUAAUAUCAGUGUUUCACAAGAUGUCCAAGUAGGAGGGGCAGGAAAUAUACCACAGCCAUCUGUUCAGCCACAACAAGAUCAAGGAACUCAGCAACCAAAAAAAAUAGAUGAUAGUUUAGUUGUUAAUUUAGAUACCCAUAAUAUAGAUUCACAUUUAAGUAGUGGAAUUUGGAUGAUAAAAUUCUUUGCUCCUUGGUGUAAACACAGUCAAGAGUUCCAUAAAACAUUUUCAGAGUUAUCCCACUUGCUUAAAGAACAUAUUAAAUUUGGUCAAGUCGAUUGUAUCAACGACCCAAUGCUCUUACAUAGAUUCGAAAUCACUGCUUAUCCAACAUUAAAAUUAUUAUAUAAAGGUAUACUUUACGAAUUCCAAGGUGAAAGAACUGUUCAACAAAUCGUUUCAUUCCUCGAGAAUGGUUACAAGAGUGCCGAUCAAAUGGAGUAUCCAUUAAUCGAUCAACAAGAAAUUUUAAAGAAACAAUUAGAACUUCAAUAUAGAGAUGGUUUAACAGCAGAGCAAGCAAGAGCAAUAGAAGAUCAAAUCAAAAGAAAACAAAAUGAAAUCGAAACAAAGAAAAAACAAAAACAAUACUUGGAAGAUGAACAUGACCAUGAUGAAGAGCGUGAAAUUAGAGAAUAUAACGAAAGAAUGAAUAGAAAAAUGAAUAUGGUUGAUGGAAUGGAAGGAGUUCAACCAACAAACUCAACAACAUCACCACUCAUCGACUCUAUUAAAGAUUCAAAAUUGGUUUAUGCAUUAAUUGGUAGUUUAGCAACUGGCUUGGUAUUUAUGAUCAAAAAGAGAAUUAAUAGAAAAUCAAAGUUUAUGAAAAUUGCCUAAAAAUAAAAUAAAAUAAAAAUAAAUUAUCAAAUAUUAAAUAAAAUCAAUACAAAUAUUAC